CAUCUAAUAAAUAAUUCAUGAUGUUAUUAAUUACAGUAUUAGAGUUGUCUAGCACUGUCAUUCUCCAGAAACUGCCUAAAGGCCAGGAGGCUUUUCUUUUAAUCAUCUAAUUAGUGAGAGGAUGACAAGCCAAAGCUAUUUUCUAACAUCACGGCGUGUGAGUGUUUGUUGGGAAUGAGGAAAUGUUUUCCUGGAGAAAUAAACGGGAUGCCUUAGUUCAAAUGUGGAUGACCGUCCUAAAUGAACAUCAGAAUUCCGCAUUUAGACAUUUAAAACAACACUUCAUGAGUAUUGUUGUGCCUACCUGGUAUCCAGUCAUUUAAAUUAAUUUGGUCACAUGGGUAUAACUGAGGACAGAAAUGUAUACAUAUAAAUUACAAUACCCAUUCAAUAUUAAAAAAUACAACAUUCGAUAUCCAUUAUAUUUCCAUACAUUAAUCUCCACUACCUGGCACCAGAUGAGAAUGAUAGCAUUUUAGACCCACUUUGCACAGGUACAAAUGACUCCACAGUGGGCAAGAUGACAGCAAAUCAGGCCCUAACUCUUCAUCAAAGCCAGUCAGGUUCAGAUGCUCAACUGGAAUAACAAGCUUGACACUUCAAAGAAGAAUUCAUGUGAUCACUUCUGCACUUCUCACAGGCGCUCACUGAAAAUCCAUACAUCAGACGCUGUGGUAUUUGGGUCACUUGCAUGCCUCUGCACAUAAAGACUUGCCAUCUGAUACUCUGCGUCACUUUUUCUUAUUGUUCAUACAUGCUCAGAUAUUCUAUCUGUUACUCUGUGGUCCUCCUUGAAUCCUGCUCCCAUAGAGACACAUCACAACAUAAUUGUAGGACAAAGUUAAUGAUUUAGUACAACUUUUUAAUGCAAGCAUACCUAGACUUCUCCUGUUUGAGGUCCUGGAGCUUUAAUCUGUACCAUCCUUUGGACAUUACUGCCUUAAUUCAUAUAUUGUUUGGAUAAUACGGAUGAUUGAAGACCAGCUAGCUGCGUAUUUGGAUUGUUUUCCUCUUAGCGUGUUUUUUACACACAGCCCAGCUUAGAUGAUUUUUAGAGAUGUGGCUGGGGCAGGUAAGUAAAUUGGCACUGAAAAGGCAAAUUUUUGAUUCUUUAUGGGCCCUUAUUUGAUGGGAGUAGGAAAAAGUCCGUUUUCAAAAUUAUCUAUUUUUUUUACCUCUUGGAAACUUAGUGGCCUUAGCGGUUGUUGAGCGUCUGUCUUUUGUGUUAGAUGUAAUGGUUGAUAACUGUAGUCUUUAAAAGUCCCCUGGCACCUCUUGCAGAAAUUGGGGUGUUAGCUAGUGUUCUGGAUAAAUCUCUGUAUGAGUAAUUAUGCAUGCGGCCCAUUUAGAUUUCUCCCUGCAACUACCGUCAGACACCCUGGCUUAAUUCCAUCCCUGGUGUAUGUAACACUAUCCAUGGUGUGAUGUAUUUAUUUGUUUAUUGGAUAAUGAGUUCCACUAGUAUUUAUGUAAUGUCUUCCCUCCUCCUCUCCUCUCCAAAAUAGGUCUCAGAUCACUAACUGAAUUCUCUGAAGAAUUUCUCCGUACACGUAGUCUAAAUGGUAGUUAAUGGACUUCCUUUAGGGAUGAAUUUGGCCUUAUCAUUUUCUUUUCCUGUCCUUGACCAUAGUGCAGCAUUGCUAUGCUCUGUUAAAAAGUCAGUGUUUCACCCAGCUAACUGUACUUCACCGGUACCUAUGUAUUUAUAUGACCUCAACAUCAUUGCAUCAGAGCAGUAAAGAAGUGAAGUGAAUUCUGUGCAUAGACACUGAAUUAAACACUGAAAAGAAUUAAUGGGCCUUUAUUAUGGUUUCCCUGAGAAAUCUUACUCUCAGAAAGUUUUUCCUGAUAUUCAGACUAAAUUUUACUUUUCUUAAUUUUCUCUCAUUACUACUGACAUUCUUUAGGGCAAUCCUACAUAAUUUUUCUCUUUCCUUAUUCAAUAUGUAUAGACUAUAAUAUAUUGUGUGAGAGAUUGUAAAGCAUUUUAGAAUUCCUCAGGAUGAAUGGCACUAUAUAAAGACCACUUCUCCAUGGAAAACUGAAUAGGUGCAUCAGAGUACACCACGUAUGAGUGUCAGGGAGUCAUAUCCUUUUUCACUAUUUCUGUGAAAAUGAGCACUUCAAAAAAAAUCUCCAAAGAUAGCCAUGCAGCUUUGAGGAAAUCAUGUGAUGGGCUACUCCCUGCCUCCUAUCCUUGGCAUUCUUCCUUUAAAACCACAGAGCUGAAGCCACAUAAUGCUGCAAUUAACUGGCCAGCCCAUGAAGAGAACCUAGAUGACUGCAGUCACUAAGGAGUUACAGUUUGCGCACACAACUAGGAGAAAUUUUGGAUGUGUGUAGGCAGCCAAUAAAAGAGGAGAUAAACAAUGCAGCUGACUCAUACCCAGCGAGGCUUAGACUGUGAUUGCAUCACUGUUCCAGGCAGAUCACAGCUCUUUGUUGCAGUCGCACUAGCUCACUCCUGUAGUCUCUAUGCCCAAACGUCUGGAGUCCCCCCACUAAACAGCAGAAAAUGGCCAAUCUGAUGCCUGUAAUAGCCCAGGAAGAGCUGGAUAACUUUAUCUUCACCAGGACAAGUUCUGGCUUCGCCCUCAAAGCCUUUCAUGCUCCUCAGAACAUUAACAUAUCACUGAAGCUGCUGACCAGCCAGAAUACAACAGAGAGUGAGUUGAAGGUGCUGCUGCAAGAUGUAGCAAACACACGACGCGUUCAGUCUGAACAGCUCCUGCCUUCUCUUGGGAUCUACCAAUCUCAGGGACUUCUGGGGGUCGUGACUGAAUGGAUGUGCAAUGGAUCCCUCCACUCACUCAUCCACGAGCACCACCUGUACCCAGAAUUGCCUUUUCCCCUACUUAUGCGGAUCCUGUCAGAUGUGGCUGAAGGAUUAUAUCAUCUCCAUAGGCUAGACCCUCCUCUCCUCCACUACAGCCUGAAACCCUCCAAUGUCCUUUUGGAUACACAAUAUAGAGCUAAGAUAACAGAUUAUGGUCUAACCUCCUGGAGGAAGCAGCAAAGAUCAGUCCUGCAGAACUGCAAUAGAAGCUGCUGGGAUUUGGUAUACCUUUCUCCUGAAAUACUUGAAGGAGGUGUACCCUCACAAGAAGGAGAUAUUUACAGCUUUGGAAUGCUAUGUUGGGAAAGUGUAAGCAGACAGAAACCUUUUGAAGGCAAAAAAAACCUGCUGGAAGUUGUGACAGGAGUCUGUAGUGGCCUGCGGCCUGGGACUGAAGCAGAGUAUAUACAGAGCAAUUUGCCUCAGAGAAAUAGGCUGUUACAGCUCAUCAUACUGUGCUGGCACCAAGACCCAGAUUACAGGCCCCAAACUGCAGAAUGUGCAGAACUCUUAAGGAGAAUUUUGAGCGCUUUUAGCAAGGAGAAGAUUUCCAGUGCAAUCUACACUUUGAUUGAUGCAAAGGAGAGAGCAGUAAAUGCCUGCAAAGGCUCAGUUCCACACAUGCGUCAGACACAUGUGCACAACCUAGAGGUCGUCUGUGCACAGAAAAACAGCAACCGGCUUAUCGACAAGUGUGUCCAUCUAACAGCACAGGACUUGUCAACUGUUCUUGACAGCCCUGCAGGAAGAGAGAAGGCUAAUCAGAUGGCACUUGCAGAUAUCACUACGCCAAACACAACACAAAAAAGAGUUCAUCCGGGCAGUAGAGAAUCAGCUCUGCAGCAUUCCUUUCCCACUCCUUGUACUUCUGAUCCACAUGCAAGCAGAGAAGAUGAUGCUCAGUGUCAAAGGGACCCAAAGGUGUGGCAGCAGCAGCCACUACAGUUAUUACUGCCACCUGAGCACAGUCCCCAUCAUAGCCAAUUUCAAAGCACACAGUUUGAGCAAACAUUAACAGGUCCUUGCUGCAAAGGCAACUGCUGCCAGAUCCUAGCCUGUGGGCGACAGACUAUCUUGAGCUGCAUGACAGAAGGGCGCCUCAACCACAUUCUUGAUGUCCUUCGCUCUCAGCAAGUAUUGUCUAAAAUGGACUAUGAAGUGAUCACCUCUUUCCCCACCCUGACAAGCCGCACUCGUGCUUUGUUGGACACUUGCCUCUGCCUUGGAGAGGGGGCAGCUCAGGUUGUAGUGACUGUACUCUCAACUAGCAAAUGUAGCCCUCUGGCACGAGGCAACCACAUCACAGACAGCUCUGCUAAAUUAAAUAGACGACUGCAGUGACUUAA